AUGGCGGCUACUUUACCAGACACCAGUAGUCCAGUUUAUUUCUGGAAACCAGAAGGAGAAACAGGAUUCCUGGGCCAGUGGUGGCCAUCCUCAUUCCAAUGGGAAAACGGCGAAGAAACAUACACCUACGCCAACGCAGAACAAUACAUGAUGCACCGAAAAGCACUACUCUUCGCCGGACCCUCGGACGAAAUAACCCAAGAAAUCGGCGCGGGAUGGGAAAUGCACCCGCGCGAACUCCGCAAUCUGGGCCGUAAAAUCCCAAACUUCUCAGACGAGGUCUGGAAAGAGAAUCGCUUCGCGAUUGUCGUGGAAGGAAGUUAUCUGAAAUUUUCGCAGAAUGAGGAGCUGAGGCAGAAAUUGCUUGAAACGGGGGACAGGGAGUUGGUCGAGGCUAGUCCGAGGGAUCGAAUUUGGGGGGUUGGGUUUGGCGCGAAGAAUGCUGGGGCCAGUCGACACAAAUGGGGGUUGAAUCUUUUGGGGAAGGCUCUUAUGGAAGCUAGAGAGCGGUUGGUCAACGAGGAGAGGAAUUAA